UUUUCCAAUUUCCCUGUCUAUAACAUGUAGCAGCAAAGGCUAUACGCAAAAAUUUCCAUUUUUCUUGUUCGGGUAAAAUUCUUGUCGAGUCUUACUUCGGUUGUAUUUCCAACACGCUAACAGAACCUUUUCCCAUCACACGGCAAAAAAGAAGAGGAAAACCAUAUAAAAAAUUAUACCACGGAGAGAAAAGAAAUUUUGUUGAGGCUGCAAUUUACCAUACUCUUUACAUUUUUUGCUUUAGCAGGAGAAGAAUUUUCCCCUGUUUCCUCAAAGUAGUUCUUACUCUUUUUUCUUACUCCCGUAAUAUAUUUAGAGCAAUUUCUCUAGCACAACUGAAAAAAAACGAGUUUCUGUUUAUUGCGUUAUUUACUCCUAGUUACCGACUCGCGCUGAAAACGAGCAAAUAAGCUUGCUCCAUAGAAACUAAUUUGCCCUUUUGUCUGUUUGGGAAAUUGAAAAAUAUCGAUUAUUCUAAGCGUUUUCCUUAAGGAAGUAAAAAUCUUUUACGAUUUCCAUAGCUGUGGAUAAAUUUUUUGCUGAAGUUUUCUUACUUUACCGCUUGUGGUUUUACUUUAUCGUUUAGCGAGCAGCAAAUUGGUUUACCCGUUUUUCUUCAUAUUAUUCACGUGGGGUUUUGCUGCUCAAGGUAUUUGAAGCAGAUUUGGCUCAAAGGCGAAACAGUUUGACGACAGAAACGAAGUUUUCCAAAACGGUGAUUUUUAUCAGAAGUGAAAAGCGGAGAAACUGCAAAUAGACCAAUCGUUACUUUACAAAUUGCGAGUCAACAACAGACAGAAAACUACCGCGGGGUUUCAAAAUAAACAAUCAAAACAGCGCAAAAAAAAACUACAGAGGACGGACAUCAGCUACAAAAAAAAAUCAGUUACAAACAUUGCAAUUGCUGAUUAUCUGUUACAGUUACAUCAAUUACUGACUAUUGGUGUUAAUUCGUUUUAAUUGCUGCAAGUUAUAAAUCAUAGUUAUAACAAGAUAUAACUAGUUUUUAGUUAUAAUGGGUUGUACUAUGAGCGCCGAAGAGCGGGAGGCACUGGAGAGGUCACGUGCGAUUGAGAGGGGACUGAAAGAGGAUGCAACUUUGGCGGCCAAGGACAUCAAACUGCUGCUUCUGGGAGCAGGAGAGAGUGGGAAAAGUACUAUAGUGAAGCAGCUGAAGAUUAUCCACAUGGACGGGUAUAGUGAGGAGGAGUCCAGGCAGUACAGGGCAGUCGUUUACUCAAACACCAUACAGUCCAUGGUGGCGAUGUUGCGAGCGAUGGAGACACUGGGGAUAGACUACGGGGACCCGAAGCGGGAGGAUGAUGCUAAGAUGGUGUUCGACAUAGUGAGCAGGAUGGAGGACACCGAGGCAUUCACCCAGGAGGUCAAGGACGCCCUGGUCAGACUGUGGACCGACAGUGGAAUACAGGUGUGUUUCUCGCGCUCGAAUGAGUACCAGCUGAACGACAGUGCCAAGUACUUCUUGGACGAUCUGGACAGGAUUGGGGAGCCAGACUACCUGCCGUCUGAGCAGGAUGUGCUGAGGACCAGAGUGAAGACCACUGGCAUCGUCGAGACACACUUCAGCUUCAAAAACCUCAACUUCAAGGUGUUUGACGUGGGGGGUCAGAGGAGCGAGCGGAAGAAGUGGAUGCACUGUUUUGAGGACGUCAACGCCAUCAUAUUCUGCGCCGCACUCUCCGCAUAUGACCAGGUGCUGUACGAGGAUGAGACGACGAAUAGGAUGCACGAGUCGACUCGGCUGUUCGACUCCAUCGCCAACAACAAGUGGUUCGUGGACACCUCCAUCAUCCUCUUCCUCAACAAGAAGGAUCUGUUUGAGGAGAAGAUAAAGAAGAGUCCCCUAACCAUCGCUUUCCCCGAAUAUACCGGAGCGAACACUUUCACAGAGGCUUCAAGUUACAUCCAAGCGCAGUUCGAGAGUAUGAACAAAUCGCAGACGAAGGAGAUCUACACUCACAUGACAUGUGCGACAGAUACAGAGAACGUACAAUUUGUAUUCGACGCUGUCACUGACAUUAUCAUUGCUAAUAACCUCAGAGGCUGUGGGUUGUACUAACCCAGCUAACGAAGUUAUGAAGACUAGGACUAGUUAUAAAUUAUAACUACGGCAAGUUAUCAUGAUGGCUUGUUGCAAGUUAUGAGUUAUAACUAUCAUAGAAAAUAGAAGAUUCAACCUACAUACCACCCAACUCCCGUUUUUAUUACACCUGCAAACUAGAAAAUGCCACCAAUACGAAUAACCGAUGACAGAGAAAACUGAUUUUGAAAAUUUUGGUUAAAUAUUGGCUGGUUUUUGAAGAUCGAAAUUAUCUUAUAAAAAUUUCAAAACUCAUAGAAAUGUGCAGAAAGUUGUGAUUUUGUUCCUUUUAAAUUCUUUUUCAAAAUAAAUCUAUCCCUAUUUUAAUAUUUACCGAUUGCAAUUAUUUGUAUUAAACGUCAUAUUAUGGUGGAAUACGUUAAUUUCUAUCAACAAGAAGCUUUUUGGUUAUAAAUGGAUGUGCAAUAAACUCUUUUGAAGAAUAACUUUAAUUUAUCUUUCAAGACUCAUGCAAUUUGAAACUAGAACUUGUUUUUGAACAAACAAACCUGGAGAAAAGCAUUAAAAUUUAUAAAUAAUAGUUUCAAUGCUGCAGUAACGCCGAAAAUUCAAUUACUCAAAGCUGCAAAUUUUGGCCUGAGGUGUUUUUAUUCAAAAAACAAACUCAAAGUAAUUUUGAAUGAACUCGUUCUUGAUAACCUCAUUUUUGCAGUUGUAGAUUAAUUAUUCCCAGUUUUUCAUCAAGCUGAGAAUUACACAAAAAGUUUCUGGAUACUAAAGUUGUUUUCAUUUAAACUUCGAUUAAUAUUGAAAAAUACAAGCCAUGUAAUUCAGAGUUUUAUGAAACUGGAAUUAAACAUCUGCUGGAAGUUUUCUUCUUAAAUUUGUAGUUGAAUAUUUCAUGAAAAAUAUCUUUCCUAUUGUACCACAUGAAAUAUAUUGUAAGCUUUUGUCGAACCUUGAUGAUGCUUUGAUUGAAGAAUUUACUUUUAUUUCAACAAUAAUUCAGUAGUUAAAUUUAUUUACCUGGGCUCAAAAAAUACCAAAAAAAUGUCGGAUAAAUUUAUAAUUAACCUUUUUGCUGCUGCUAUUGAUAACACCGCCCUUUUAUGUGUAAACAAAAUCAAUGACUAAUUUUCCAAUUUA